AAGCACCAUAAUUUGAAGCAAGUAGUAAUCAUCAUUUGUGUGAUUGUUUGCUUUCUGUUAUUUUCAACUCCUGUCUUGUGUCAUCAAUAUUCCAGCUUCCUAUGGUGUCAUACAAAACUCUACACCAUGCAACAGAGGGGUUUUCCACUAACAACUUGAUUGGAUUUGGAAGCUUUGGUUCUGUCUACAAGGGAUUUCUACAAUCUGAACAGAAGUUUGUUGCUAUAAAGGUAAUGAACAUCGAAACGAAUGAAGCCAACAAGAGUUUCAUUGCUGAAUGUAAUGCACUGAAGUUUAUGAGGCAUAGAAAUCUUGCAAAGAUUUUAACUUGUUGCUCAAGCAUUGAUUUCAAAGCAUUGGUGUUUGAGUACAUGGCUAACGGAAGCUUAGAAAAGUGGUUGCAACCUUGUGGUGAAAGCAUUGAAGAUGAAUCACAUCCAUUGGAGCUUGCUCAAAGAUUGAACAUUCUAAUUGAUGUGGCAAAUGCAUUACAUUAUCUUCACUAUGAAUGCGAGCAACCAAUCAUUCACUGUGAUUUAAAGCCAAGCAAUGUGCUCCUUGAUGAUCACAUGGUUGGUCACGUGACUGAUUUUGGGUUAGCAAGGCUUCUCACAGAUUCUAAUCAGCAAUCUACCACCAUUGGGUUAAAGGGAACCAUUGGAUAUUCUCCUCCAGAGUAUGGAAUUGGUUCUCCGGUGUCAAUGCAAGGUGACACAUAUUCUUUUGGAAUUUUAGCAUUGGAAAUGUUAAGUGGAAAGAGACCAACGGAAGAAAUGUUCAAAGAUGGAGAAAAUCUACAUCAUUAUGUGAGCAUGGCAUAUUCAAACAACCUGUUAGAGAUUGUGGACUCAACUCUUUUCACAAAUCAAAUACAACGAAGAUCCACUGAGGAAGAAAGCAUUAUAGAGAAUGUGAUCAUCAUUCUUCCAAAAGAAGAGACUUGUGUGUUUUCUCUAACAAGAAUUGCACUUGCUUGUUCAAUGGAAUCUCCCAAUGAAAGAAUGAACAUCAAGGAUGUCAUUAGGGAGCUAAAUCUUUCUAGAAGUGCAUUUCUUCAUGGUUAA